CUUAUUGACGAUGGCUGACAUGGUAACCCUGGUUGCCGGGCUGCCCAGUGCCCACCGCCCAUUAUCCUAAAGGACUUGUUGUUAAGCCGGACACAUCCACCUGUUGAGAGUCAUCAAAAUCUACUUCUAGCUUGAUUGUUCAAAAUGUCAUCAAACCCUGUGUUGUAUUCAUAUUUUAGAAGCUCCUGCUCAUGGCGAGUCAGAAUUGUUUUGGCUCAUAAGGGGGUUGAAUAUGAGACCAGGGCAGUAAAUCUUCUAAAAAAAGAACAGGUCAGUGAUGAAUUUAAGAAGUCAAAUCCUAUGGGGCAGGUACCAGCCCUAUUCAUCAACAACCAAACCUUAACUCAGUCGAUUAGCAUCAUGGAAUAUUUAGAGGAAGUGUAUCCACAGCAGCCAUUGUUACCCAAGGAUCCAGUGCUCAGGGCAAAGGUACGUGAGAUUUGUGAAAUUAUUGGCUCUGGCAUUCAGCCUUUGCAGAACUUGUCAGUUUUGCAGAAAAUUGGAGAUGAGAAGAAAAUGGAAUGGGCACAGUUCCACAUUAACAAGGGUUUCGUAGCGCUAGAGCAGGUAUUAGCAAGAAGUUCUGGUAAAUACUGUGUGGGUGACCAAGUUUCCCUGGCUGAUUGCUGUCUUGUGCCUCAAGUCUACAAUGCAAACAGAUUCAAAGUGGAUAUGUCUGCAUUCCCAACAAUCUCUCGCAUACAUGAUGCUUUGACAUCUCUAGAGGCCUUCCAGGCUGCACAUCCCUCCAAACAGCCAGAUUGCCCAGAGGAUCUCAAAUAAGUUUAAUAAAAUUUUGUUAUGAUGAACUUUUCCAAAUUAAUUUCGUUUUUGGCAAUAUAUUUUUUUGGGGUAGAUAACACUGGAAAUUAUUCUCAUUAAAAUACUGUCUGUUUGGAAGUCGGCUCUUUCCUUAAUUGCAGUGGUCAUACUAUGGAAAUUUUCAGCAACAUCUCAAAUGAUUCUAUGGUUAUUAUUUUUCUGUCUUUCAAGAGAUUGUUUGCAUAAUUUUGAUUUUUGCUUUUAAGCUUCCUUGCUCUAUUUGGUAUGUGCAGUUACUGAUAAUUUUUGGGUGACUUAACAGGUGGUGGUAUGAUGUCAAAGUUAUUGUCAAUUCAGAGUGCUAUUCAGCAUCAAGUCUGUUAUAAUAGAAAUAUUAUUAAGCAAUGUCUUGUAGGAAAUUGGUUGGAAUUUACAGACUUCAGUAAUUGAACAUUAAUGGAAUAGAUUUCCAUGUAUACUUUGUUGUUACUUCAUAAAAGUUUAUCUGAAAAAGUUGUGGAAACUAUUGAUGUUUCUAUCAUAUUUUUUAAUGAAAUACAGUAUUUUGGUAAAA